AGAGAGGGAGCCAUCACUGCUACUACUGCCCAGGAAAAAAAAAAGGAAAAAAAAAAAUGAAUAAAGAAAGGAAGGGAGGACCAAUUAGGGGUCCGUCGGAAAGUUGAACCCCAAAAAGGUAACGCCCUCUCAAGCUUUUCUCUCUCUAAGCACCACACGUAGGUAGUACCCACUUGGUGCUCUCCUCUCAGUGCUUUCCAUUAUCUGCCAUUUCGGAGCUACACGAAGCAAAUGCUUUCAACAUUUUUUCUGGGUUUUUGUUACUAUUGGGUGCUCAGCUUUUUCUUCUUCUUCUCCUCCUCCUUCCCCAUCUUUGGGGAUUUUCUGUUGCUUCAGGAGCUUUCGAGGGUCUGAAAAUUUGAGGGGUUUUUCUAUUUGGGGAUUUUGUUCGAGUUUUGGGGAUUUGGGUAUUGCCGUUGGAGAUUAAAGUUGCUAUUUUUUGCUGAAAUUUGAAGACUUUUGUCACCAGUUAUGGCGGUUUGUUGCAGCUUAAUUGGGGUAGCUGCAAUCGUCGUUGAGCCGUGGAAUCUAAGGUUUUGAACUUGAUGAGCCGAGAGUUUUGAUGAUUGAGCAGCCCCAAAUCAGUGGUUUCUGGUAACGAGAAGGAAAGCGUUGGCUUUACGCGACAUGGGAUUUCAAUUCCUUCAAAAGUAUCGUGCGUUGGUUUGGAUUGCGUAGUUGAUUUGUGUGCUCCCCCGGCUGGGAUUUAGUAGCAGAAAUUGCAAGGAAAUGGCGAUGCAGUCGAACACAGGGUUUCACCGUGACGAAGCUUUUGGCUACGGUUUGAACCGACACGCGAUAUCGUUUCAGUCCGGGGCCAUAAACAGCAGUUCGGAGAUGAUUCCGAUGGGGAAUUACUUUGGUACGGACGGGGGCAUGAUGUUUUCGUCGCAUUCGGGCAUAGUUAACAACAAUCCUGUAAUUAGUCAGGCUGGGAGUUCAUCUGGUUCUCUGCUUCUCGAUUCGGUCCCUGGGCUCAAGCAUGACACAGGUUUGGCUGUUGAGUGGUCUGUGGAGGAACAGUACAAAUUGGAGGAGGGCCUUGGCAAAUAUGCCAAUGAACCAAGUAUUAUGAGGUACAUAAAGAUCGCGGCAAUGUUACGUGAUAAAACUGUGCGUGAUGUUGCUUUGAGGUGUAGGUGGAUGACUAGAAAGCGUAGGAAAUCUGAAGAACAUAGUAUGGGAAAGAAGGGGAACAUUAGGAAGGAUAAACUGGUGGAGUCGUCUUCAAAGACAAACAUACAUUCAGCUCCACCACUGGACAUGGCUGCAUAUUCUCUUAUGGGGCACCAUAUGGACCAGAAUGAGCGUUUGCAGUAUGAAGGAUUAAGUGGCACAGCCAAGCAUCUAUUGGAGCAAAAUGCUCAAGCUUUCAGUCAAAUUACAUCUAAUCUUUCUUCAUACAAGUUACAGGAAAACAUUGACCUCUUCUACCGCACGAGGAACAAUAUAACUGCCAUCCUUAAUGACAUGAGAGCUAUGCCUGGCAUAAUGAGCCAAAUGCCACCACUGCCACCCAUUGACGAGGAUCUUGCUAAUAGUAUCUUGCGUAAUGCGACUUAGGUAAGUUCAUGUGAAAUGACUCAUAUAUUCUUGGCGAGUUGGUGUGCAAGACACGGGCACUUGUGAAGGCGGGAGGGGUUGGAAAGUGUUUUCCAAAUUGUUGUAUAGCUGGAUGAAUGUGUACUCUUUAUUUACGCCUUUCGUAACUAUUAAUUCUAGACUAUUUCAGCCUGUAAUCUAAUACAAAUUUGAUGAAAGUACUAGCUGUCAUUUCUGCAUUUCUUCACUUAGAAUUGUCCUCUAUUUAUUUUUCAA